AUUAUGUAAUAUUAUGUGAUGCUAAUAAAUGGUUAUCCUACUUAAAAAAAAAAAAAAAAAUUGCUUACUUUUUAGGAGUCUCUGAAAACAAAUUAGUAAAUUCUUUUCCUUUUUUUCUGUGAAUUUAUUCAAUGAUUAUUUACUUGACAAGAAGUCAGAAAAAGCAAUUUCACAAGUAUGAAUUUCUUUCCCCCCAAAUUACUAGUUUGAUCUUUCAAUCUUGUUUAAUUACUCUAGUCCUAUUACUGGUAAAAGUAAUCAAAGAGCCAGAUGGCGACGACGCCGAUGAUGCCGCCGAACGCCGACGGAAGUGCACCGGCGGCGCCACCCCUACCUGGAACGGACAUGACGAGCAUAUGCUUCAGAGACCAGCUGUGGCUGAAUACAUAUCCACUUGACAGAAACCUAGUGUUCGACUAUUUUGCACUUUCCCCUUUCUACGAUUGGACUUGCAACAACGAACAACUCCGUGCCCGCGCCAUCCACCCCCUCGAUUUUUCUCAUAUCUCGAAAAUGACAGGUGUAGAAUACACGCUGAGUGAAGUAAUGGAGCCUCAUCUCUUUGUCAUCCGCAAGCAAAAGAGGGAUAGUCCUGAGAAGGUCACACCGAUGCUGACUUAUUACAUCUUGGAUGGUUCAAUAUACCAAGCUCCACAGCUCUGCAACGUGUUUGCAUCUCGUCUUGGGCGUGCUCUAUAUCAUAUAUCAAAAGCUUUCGGUACUGCUUCCUCAAAGUUGGAAAAGAUUGGAUAUGUGGAUUCUGAAAAUGAUAGUCCAGCUUCUGAAGCUAAGCCCGCCAAAGAGGCCAUUGACUUCAAGGAACUUAAGCGAGUUGAUCACAUCCUUGCUUCUCUACAACGGAAGCUACCACCUGUACCUGCGCCUCCACCUUUCCCAGAAGGCUAUGCACCCCCUUCCACUUCAGAACCCUCUGAAAACCAGCAACCAGAAGCUCAACUGCCACCAAUUGAUCCUAUUAUUGAUCAAGGCCCCUCAAAGAGAAUGAAGGUAUGAGAAGGGAGUGGUUUGUCAACCAAUGCAUAGGAGCAAGAACCUAUUAGAUAAGGUUGUCUGAAGCUAAAUGAUUACUGACAUUUAGGGAAGAAGUAAAAUGAUUAGUCUGAAGUUAUUGGUAAAUUCAUUAUUUCUAUCAUUUCUUGGUUCCAUUGCCAAGUUUGAGUUUGUACAAGAAGCAGCACACAGUAAUUUACUGAAGAUGUCCUAAUUCAGACCGAUUGCAUAGUUACGAACUCAAAAUGUUCAAGUCCCCUCUUGCUUUUAAACAACAAUAUAAAGAAAGAAGGCUUGGAGUAUUGAGAAA